AUGGCACUUGCUCGUGUUGCUUUGAGGAGGGAACAGAAUCAGCAAAAGCUUAGAAAUGCUGUCUCGGACGUGUCGAAGGAAAUUGGAAGAUACUAUAAUGAGUUGGAGUUGGAGAAGAAACUUGGUGCUAUUGAAGAGGUGGAACAAGCUGAAUGCCAAUGUUGUGGGAUGAAGGAGGAUUGCACCACAGUUUAUAUCACAGAGGUUCAAGAAUGUUAUUGUGGGAAGUGGGUUUGUGGGCUUUGUUCUGAAGUUGUUAAGGAAAGAGUAGGGCGAAGUCCGAAGGUAGCCAUGCAAGAUGCUUUGAACUCUCACAGGGAUUUCUGCCAGGAAUAUAACGCCACCACCAGGCUUAACCCACAACUCUCGUUAACUCUUUCUAUGAGGGAAAUAGCCAAAAGAAGUUUGGAGAAUAGGAAAUCUGUGUUAAGCAUAACAAAGCUUAGUCGGGCCAUUAGUUACCCCUGA